UUUAUAUUUGACCUUGGGCAGCAUUUUUUUUCUUACAACCCUAAACAUCCAAACCCUAGCUUUUUUCACCACCAUCUUCUUCUCCUUCCUCACCUAAAAAAACCCUAAUCCGCCGCAGAAGUUGCAGAUCUAAUUCCCAAAUUACCCCUCUGAACACACACAUUUUGCACAAAAAGAUCUACCAAAAAGGAAUUGCAUAUACACUGAUGGAUCUCAACGGCGCAAAUACAGCAGGGCAACGCGAUGGGAGAACCGACGCAGACGGCGGGGCUCAGCCGGGCCAAGCCAACGGAAGCGUCAAUCGCCCAGGGCAGCAAAACGGCGCCGUCGCGCCGCUGCCGACGUACUUGACGCACAGGCUGAGGCUGAACCCGAGUGCAGAUCACAAGCCCGAUAAUUACGAGGAUUUGGAGCUGGAUUUCAGCCCGUUGGUCUUCAGCUCGUUGGAGAGAUAUCUACCGCCGCCGCUCCUCCUCCAGACGCGUGAUACGAAGGUCAAUUUCAUGCGGGAGAUUCUUCGCCGGUACUACCCCCAAAGCGAUCGAAUUAGGGUUCAAAAGCAUAGAGAAUACAGGCAGAAGAUCAUAUCCAACUAUCAGCGUCUACACACCGAGCUUUAUGAAAUGCAUGCUGAAAACGUUUUCGUACCCUCAUUCAUCAACUUGCUCAACGAGAACAGUGGGCAAAGUUUGAAGAAAAGGCUGAAUGAACCCGCUGAGGGAAUCUACACGUUUGAGAUGCUGCAGCCAAGAUUCUGUGACAUGUUGAUGGCAGAGGUAGAAAAUUUUGAGAAGUGGGUCCAUGAGACGAAGUUCAGAAUUAUGAGACCCAAUACAAUGAAUAAAUAUGGUGCUGUUCUUGAUGAUUUUGGCAUGGAAACCAUGCUUAAUACUCUCAUGGAAGAGUUCAUACGCCCAAUUUCAAAAGCUUGCUUUCAGCACGUUGGAGGAGCAUCGCUUGAUUCUCAUCACGGUUUUGUUCUCGAGUAUGGGAUGGAUCGAGAUGUCGACCUUGGCUUCCAUGUGGAUGACUCGGAAGUCACCUUGAAUGUCUGCUUGGGUAGAAAAUUUUGUGGCGGUGAACUGUAUUUCCGCGGCAUGCGGUGUGAUAAACAUGUAAAUACAGAAACGCAGAUGAACGAGUCCUUCGACUACGCGCAUGUUCCGGGGCAUGCAGUUCUUCAUUCUGGUAGGCAUAGGCAUGGAGCUAGAGCCACCACAUCAGGCAAUAGGAUUAACUUAUUGCUAUGGUGUAGAAGUUCUGCUUUUAGGGAGAUGAAGAAAUACCAAAAAGAUUUCUCCAGCUGGUGUGGACACUGCAAACGUGAGAAAGAAGAAAGAAGAGACCAGUCUGUCGCUGCGACCAAACUGGAAUUGCUGAGGAGGGAUGGACGCACCGCCGCCACAAAUUGAGAUCUCGUAGUGUAUUUUGGCUGCCCAAACUGUAUUUACAUAUAUUCCAACUUAUACUUGGAAAAACUAAUCUUAAUUGUUGGUAGAGCAUAUGAAACUGGUAUCUGUUCUUUUGUUUUUUCUUUUUAUUUGCAAUAUAAGCUCACAUAUGUACAUUAUCUUUAAAGUAGGUGCAAAGAACAAGAUUUAACUUUCUUAUAGAUCAUUCUUUACAGAUAUAUCUCUUUCGACAUCUGUUUGAAUUUUGAUGAUGAUGCCUUGGUAUCGUUUAGUUGAAGUUUCGGCUCUGUGCCGAGAUAUUUUGAGGGGCUGAAAGAACAUGAUCUUGUUUAUUAUAUUUUUGUGAUCCUUCAGAUCAUAUUGUGU